AUGUCGGCCAAUUAUUGGGCUUCGACCCAGUGCAACAACUGGCUCCUGGAUAGACCACAGCUGGAUCUAGCGAGGAAGCAAGAUGUUCGUUAUGCUACCAAGCUCGAAUGCGAUGCUAUCGCUGUGUUUUUCUGCAAUUUAAUAACAACAAUCACCAAGCGCCUAAACCUACGUCAACGAGUAACGGCAACAUCCUGCGUCUUCUUCAGGCGCUUCUUCAGCAAAAAUUCUUUCUCCUCCGUAGACCCAUUCCUCGUCUGCGCCACUUGCAUCUAUGUUUCCGCCAAAACAGAGGAAUCUCCAAUCCACAUCAAAUCAGCUCUCGGAGAAGCAACGAGAAGCUUCCAGGAGGUGGGCUAUAGAGGAUUGCCUAGCGACAAUAGUAGUCUGGCUGAAAUGGAGUUUUGUUUGUUGGAAGAGAUGGAGUUUGAUUUGAUCCUAUUCCACCCCUACCGCUCCUUGAUAGCUCUAUACGAUUCUUUUGGUUGUGCGAGCGCCAGUCUGGGUAAGGAGACCGGUAUAGCAGCCGAGAUUGAGGCCUUUGGAGUCAUCAAAGGUCUAAGAUCGGUGGAGGAAAAACAAGGACAAGGAGGAGGAGGAGGAGGAGGAGGAGGAGGAGGGGGCAAGUUGGAAGAAUUCGACCAACAAGUUUUACAACUGAGUUGGUUCGUACUCAAUGAUUGUUAUAAGACAGACAUCCCGUUGAUGUAUGCACCCUAUCUCGUCGCUCUAUCAGCGUUGUAUCUGGCGCUGAUGUUGCAUGGACCUGCUGCAGAUCGGAUCAAUUGCUCGCUCGAGAAUAUGCAAACAGCUCGACUAAAGCACAACAAAGCCCUGGCAAAUGGCAGCAUUAAGCCAGAAGACUUGGCAAAAGAAGCACGCCCACCAACGCCACCGAAAGAAGAAGCACUCACUUUCUUCGCCAGCCUCAACGUCUCAUUGCCAAUGCUAGCAGAGGUGGUGCAGCAGAUGAUUGCAGGGUAUAAGAUGCAGAAUGACGUGGCAACCUUGGUGCGCGAUGGGCCGGGCAUGGUCAAGUUAUUGGAGAGAAUGAGGGAGAGGAGGAGGGCCGAGUUGGUGGAUAGCAAGACGAGGGGGAGCGAGGGCAUGUAUAGGUGA